CUUCUCCCGAGGCUUUAAAACCACCCCCAGGAGCAGGAGACCCCCCAUCCAGCUCACCUCCUCUCCCCCCCAGCACACUGCACUUCACAGGAACACUGCCACCUCUGAAGCAUCUUAACCAUGGACGAUAUUUACAAAGCAGCGGUUGAGCAGCUCACGGAUGAACAGAAAAAUGAAUUCAAAGCUGCCUUCGACAUAUUCGUCCAGGAUGCCGAGGAUGGGUGCAUCAGCACCAAGGAGCUGGGGAAGGUCAUGAGGAUGCUGGGUCAGAACCCUACACCUGAGGAGCUGCAGGAGAUGAUCGACGAGGUGGAUGAAGACGGGAGUGGCACGGUGGAUUUUGACGAGUUCUUGGUCAUGAUGGUGCGGUGCAUGAAAGAUGACAGCAAAGGGAAAUCUGAGGAGGAACUUGCCGAGCUCUUCAGGAUGUUCGAUAAGAACUCGGACGGGUAUAUCGACCUCGAGGAACUGAAGAUAAUGUUGGAGGCGACUGGUGAAACCAUCACUGAGGAUGACAUAGAGGAGCUCAUGAAGGAUGGAGACAGGAACAACGAUGGAAAGAUUGAUUAUGACGAGUUCUUGGAGUUCAUGAAGGGGGUGGAAUAAAUACCAGAAGAGCUCCUGUCUCUUGAUGUGUGAAUGUUUUAGUGAGACUCAAAAUUCCUUCAAAGGACUGUGUAGGCUGGUACUAUUAUCUAUCAACAAUCCAGCUCAAUGACUCAUUCAGACUGACAUUAUUUACAUCUCUUUUUUGUAUAUUGUUUUGUUAAAGGCGUAUUACUUGAUUAUAUAUUGAGUUGAGAUCUGAUGCAAAAACCACAGUUAACUUAACCACGUUUAAUUGUGCUCAUUUGGAUCAUACAUUAAAAUACAGGCAAAGGUAAAAA